GAGUAUAUAAACGAGGAUCGAUGAUAUUGGUUCAAUCUCGUAAUGUUAAUAUCAACGAUAUAUGAUAUAUAUUUUUUUUUUUUUGAUUUUGAAGAUUGAUUUGAUUAUUACAUCAUCGUUUAGACGAAUUACUUUCGGAUUCGAAACAAAAAUAAAAAGUGAGUGAAAGAGGAAAUUUAUUUUUUUUUUAAUGAAAGAAAAAGUAACAAUGUCGACCACAAAAAUUACCAAUAAUGAAUCAAGUCAUCGGGACAAUAAUAAAAUGGAUGUAAAAACCAAGUGUAAGCAAAAAAUCAAAGAAAUUCAAUCUAAAUCACGAAUAAAUCCGGUGGCCAUCCUACAAAAAAAUGCUCACGAAUGGAACGUUUCAAUUGAAUCGGCUGAAUUUGCAAGGUUAAUGGAUAAACAUGAUCCGUUGUGUUCAUUUCGACAGAUGUUUACGUUUCCAAAAAAAGCUGAUCUUCCCAAUAUUGAUAAAAUCAAUUUAAAAGAUCCAGAGGAGGAAUGUAUCUACUUAUGUGGCCAAUCAUUGGGCCUGAAACCUAAACUAUUGGAUCAAAAUGUACAAAAAGUAUUGGAUAAUUGGGCAAACAAAGGUGUACACAGCCAUUUUCAUGGAUAUCUACCGGCUGCAUUAUCGGAUCUGCCGGCAAAAAAAUUAAUGGCACGAAUGGUUGGAGCACAAGAAAAUGAGAUUGCCAUCUUAAACGGUUUGACCGUGAAUCUACAUUUGCUACUGGCAACAUUCUAUCGACCAGAUUCGAAUCGAUAUAAAUUGAUGAUUGAAGAUCAUGCAUUCCCUUCUGAUACGUAUGUAGCUAAAUCACAGCUACGAUCGCAUGGAAUAUCACCGGAAAAGGGACUGAUAUUAUUAAAACCUAGAAAAGGAGAAAAUUUAUUGAACGAGGAUGACAUCAUACGAUUGUUCGAUGAACAAGGUGAUCAAAUUAAAGUGGCAUUACUUCCGGCUGUUCAAUAUUAUACCGGCCAAUUAUUGAAUGUGAAACGCUUGACUGAAGCAGCUCAAAAAAGAGGAAUUUUAGUUGGUGUGGAUUUAGCACAUGCAGUUGGCAAUGUUCCAAUAUAUUUGGAUGAUUGGAAUGUUGAUUUUGCCGCAUGGUGUACAUAUAAGUAUAUGAAUGCCGGUGCUGGAAGUAUGGCAGGGAUUUAUGUGAAUGAAAAAUAUUUUGCCAAUUAUAGCAAAACAUUUCCCAUGUAUCAAGGAUGGUGGGGUAACAAUGUACAAACAAAAUUCCUGAUGAAAGGUGAUUUUGAUCCUGCUUUAGGUGCCGAUAUGUUUAAAUUAAGUAAUCCAUCGCCAGUGUUGAACGCAAUGCUUAUGACCAGUCUGGAGAUAUUUGAACAAACAUCGAUGGAAGAAUUACGACAAAAAGAAUACAUAUUGACUGGAUAUCUAGAGUUUAUGAUUAAAUCGUUUUUUCCACAAACCGAUAAACGGCAUACUCAUCAGCAACAAGAAUCGACAAAUAAUGACGGCGAUAAUCGAUCAUUAUUGAUACCAUCCAUCCAAAUCAUAACACCAUCAGAUCCGGAACAACGAGGAGCACAAUUAUCAUUGAUUUUUUCCGUACCGCUUUCAAUCAUUCAUGAACAAUUUCAGAAACGUGGCAUUGUGUGUGAUAUUCGAAUGCCAAGUGUGAUGCGUGUUGCACCGACCCCAUUAUACAAUUCAUUCACUGAUGUUUAUCGAUUCAUCACUACAUUAUAUGAUAUAUUUCAGAAUAUGGAUAGCCUAUCCAUUAGCCAUACUGAUGAUGAUCUUUCAAUAAUGACCAAAGAAACUGGUGGUGUCAUAAACAAUGAAAUUAGCGAUGAUGGCCAAGGAUCUUCUAUAUCCGGUUCAGAUUCAGAAGCCGAUUCGCUUGGUGGCAGUACAAACACGCUUUAGAAUAAAAAAA